AUGCAAGUUUCAGAAUCAGUCGCCAUCACCACGGAAGCGAGUCAAGUACUGCCACCACUUCUCGCCCUCCCCCUAGAACUCAAACAGCAGAUCUUCAACCACCUCUCCAACGAUGACGAGCAAGGCUUAUCUCUUACGAUACUCCGCCGCACUCACCCCAUAUUCCGCCACGUCAUCCCUCGCCAGCAGCUCAGUCCGAUCACUCCUUACAACCCUCUUGACAAGACCAUACCCAGCGAGAAUUACAGGACCAGAACCGUCAGACAGUACCAGCUCUCCCUCACCGAACGCAAACACCCAUAUCUCUUCGCACCCGAUCACUAUCCGUGCUACUCCUGUUGUGAGGUCCUCGGAGUUGGUCACUUCGAGGAUGACGGAAUCAGAGAUGAGUUUGUCUGCUUGAAGGAUCUGGAGAAAAUCCCACUCGGAUCACCAUCUUUACGUCCCCGCAUAUGCGAUCGCUGCUUGGCAGCUGAGAUGAUCAUAGUAUCGGGCAUGGAAAAUGCACAGCGAAGGUCUGGUGCGGGUGAUAGUGGUGGCCUCUGA